AGCGUGCAUAUUGGCAGGGGGAAGAGGCUAUCUCGCUUGAUAACGCAUUGAAUCUCUAUUGUAUGUAGUAUGAGAGUAACGGGUGUCGCUGAAACUGCAGAAUCUUCGCGAACCUUCUUCGAUUGGCCGAGCGUUUUCAGGUCACGUCACACGUCACCGCUGGGGACUGGAACUGUCGCUUGUUCGUCUUAACUUGUUUUCACUCUUCUUUCUUAAUAUAUCAUUUUCUUCUGCGCUGUGUUGAGUGCUCCAUCAAAGUGACUACAUAGUACAGACAUACCCGAGUAUUACGAACUGCGUCAAAUCAAGCAAGUCGUCUCGAAUCUUCGCCGUCAUUCGGGAUCGUCCCAGACCGCACUUCGACACUGCGAACUUGUGGUUUUAACACCCGCUGGUCAACUGAACAGUUGUCGGUAUCGCAAACGCUACAACAAUUGAAUUAACACCAUGGUUGCGGAAUCGAAAUUGUAUGAUGCGUUAGGCGUCAAGCCCGAUGCAUCGCAGGAUGAUAUCAAAAAGGCAUACCGGAAAUGCGCGCUGAAGUACCAUCCGGACAAGAACAAAGAUGAUGCUAGUGCAGCGGAGAAAUUCAAGGACGUCUCCCAAGCCUACGAAGUCCUCUCCGAUCCCGAGAAGCGUAAGGUCUAUGACCAGUUCGGUCUCGAAUAUCUCCUCCGCGGCGGCCCUGCACCAUCACCAGGCGGUGGUGCCGGAGCAUCGCCCUUCGACGGCGGAAUGCCCGGUGGUUUCGGGUUCGGUGGAGGCAUGCCCGGUGGUGGUGGUGCGCGGUCAUUCCAUUUCUCGAGCGGUCCCGGCGGCGGCGCCAACGGCUUCCGAUUCAGCUCCGCGGACGACAUCUUCAAGAACUUCGCCAAGGCUAGUGGCGGUGGAAUGGGUGGAAUGGACGAUGAUGAUAUUUUCUCGAUGCUGGGUGGUGGUUUUGGCGGAGGCGGCGGCGCUGGUCGUGGCUUCAGGUCGGGGGCUGGCGGUCGCGGGCCGGGUUUCCAGCAAUCGCGGCGCGCUCCUACGCCAGAACCGACUGUGGUGGAGAAGGAGUUGCCGUUGACGCUUGAGGAGCUUUUCCGGGGGACGGCUAAGAAGGUUACUACGAAGAGCAAGGCCUUUGAUCCUAGCGGGAAGCGGACUGUGCAGGAUGUGACAUUAGAAGCGAACAUCAAAGCUGGUCUGCGGACGGGAUCCAAGAUCAAAUAUAAGGGUGUUGGGGAUCAGGAAGAAGGUGGUCGGCAGGAUGUCCACCUUAUUGUGACGGAGAAAGAGCACCCCAACUUCAAACGCCAAAACGACCAUCUGAUCACAACGGUUGAAAUCAGCCUCAAGGAAGCCCUCACCGGCUGGGAGCGCAUCGUGCGCACAAUCGACGGCAAAUCGAUUCGCGUCUCGAAACCAGGUCCUACACAGCCUGGCCACGAAGAACGAUUCCCCGGCUUGGGUAUGACGAUAUCCAAGAAGCCGGCUGAGCGCGGUGACUUGGUUGUCCGGGUCAAUGUACGGUUCCCGGCCAGCCUGACCCCAUCGCAGAAGGACGUUCUGAGGGAUGUCCUACCAUGAUUUCUCUAUUUCCUUUGUAUUAUGGUUUAGCAUUAUUUUGGCGUUGCGGUGUGCGAGCGAUGGUCGAUACUCAAUUCCUGGAUUGAUACUUUUGUUUGAAUGAAAUGGAUUGUGUUUUAUAUAUACACCAUGUAUAAUAGCGAAGACAACCCGUGUUUUGAUUGCGAAGUAGUUAUAUGCACCUGCUCAAUGAUAUGACGAAUUCAAGCCAGCUUAUCUU